CCUGAUUGAUCGAUUAUACAUGAUAAUGUGCAGUAGGUUUUUCAUUACGUGUUGUCUGAGGAAAUUUACCAUCCAUUGUUUCGACGGAUUUGAUGAGAAUAUGUCAGAGGAGGGGAGAUUUUACCCACCAAUCGAACCGUACGACACAGGCAGGCUGAAAGUGGACGACAUUCAUGAGCUGUACUACGAGCAAUGUGGCAAACCAGACGGAAAUCCCGUGUUGUUUGUACAUGGUGGGCCAGGUGGUGGGAGCAGCCCUGCUGAUCGUUGCUACUUUGACCCUCAAUUCUACCGAAUUGUCAUCUUUGAUCAACGAGGAGCAGGCAAGUCAACUCCAGCUGCAGAAGUAAAGAACAACACCUCAUGGCUUAUAGUGGAUGACAUUGAGAGGGUCAGAGAACAUCUCAACAUCGACCGAUGGGUAAUAUUUGGAGGUAGUUGGGGAGCAACACUGUGCCUCUUGUAUGCAGAGACACACCCCGAGAGGGUCAAAGCUAUGAUCCUUAGGGGCGUCUUUGCAUUUCAGUGGAAAGAGGUUCAGUGGCUUUAUCAAGAGGGAGCUAACUUGUUUUUCCCAGAUCAUUGGGACAACUACAUCUCGGUCAUUCCUGAGGAGGAGCGAGGGGAUCUUGUCUCAGCCUAUUACAAGAGACUCACAGGUGAUGAUGAAGACGCCAAGAUGGCAUGUGCCAGGGCUUGGAGUCUAUGGGAGUGCUCAGUCUCCAAACUGAUCCCCGACGAAGAGGCAGCCAUCAAAGUGACCAAUGAUCUAUGGGUGACACAGUUUGCCAUGAUUGAGUGCCACUAUAUGAUCAACAGAGGAUUCUUAAAGUCAGAUACAUACAUCUUGGACAAUGCAUACAAGCUACAGGACAUUCCAUGCAGCAUAAUUCAAGGGCGUUACGAUGUUGUAUGCCCACCUGACACAGCCUUCAAACUUCAUCAGAGACUUCCCAAAUCAGAGCUUUGUAUGCUCACAGCUGGCCACUACUCCAGGGAACCCAAGAUUCAUGAACAUCUUAUAAAAGCAGCUGACAAGUAUAAAGUCCUCUAGAGAUACACAGCCUCGUGAGUACCUCCAACUCAGGUUAACACUGCUGGCAAAUAUUUGCCACUUUUGACAAGUGUAUUUUGCAACAGAAAGCAUAAGCUAGCCAUCUUUAAAUACUAAAAGCUUUAAAUUUUUGAAAUUGAAAUAAACAUCAUUUCGUAUCAGAGAUGGCUAGCUUCAAUUCUAAUUUCUUAACUUUAAAACUGUGUAUAAUGGUUCAUUUAUGGAACAGACAGAACAAGGAUAAUAUCCAGUACAAACCAGUUGAUGUCCUCUCAAAAAGAUUUUGACUUCAAUGGAAUGAAAGCCAUUCAUAACUUUAAUGUGCAUGUAUAAUUUAGCGAGUUGAUGAAGACAUAAGCCUUACAUGAGUCGUUGACAUCAAUCAACAAAAGAGGGCGCUGUUCUCGUUUUGCUGAGAGCGGCCUCAUCAUCCUAAGCAACAUGACAUUAUGUUCAGACAUGUUCAGAAAAAAAAAAUGAAGGCUACAUUUGCUACCAAGGCAACCACAAUAUGAUAUUCAGGAACUUUACUUCUCAAAAUUGUUUUCAAGGUUUCUUACAUUCAAGUGGUAAUUUCUAUAAAAGAAAUUUUGAUUCAAUUCAUCUUUGAGAAUAGACUUUAAUGUUCUUUAAGUUGUUUCUCGCAAUUUUGCAUGUUUAAUUACAGAUGGGUAUCUUAUUUGUGAAAAUAUUUACAUAUUCAAGCUGACCGUGAAUUCCACGUUUUAAAUUUACAACUGAGUGGAAAUAGCUGUCCAUUCGACAAUGCUGUUUAAAUUUUGAAAGGAAUGUCACAAACCAUUCACUUGUAAACUUGAAAUUUUUGGCUUGGAAACACUAUGAAAUUAAAUCCAUGUGAUUUUACUAUCUGAUGGAUUGGUGUAUUUAUAUUUUAAUGCAUGAUUUUUUAUUCCUUUUGGAUUAGAUUUCGUUCAUUUUUUGUGCCUAUUAAGCGUGAUAACCAAAGGAAUUGUCUUCUUAAAUGCAUCAUUUAUGAUCUGUUUUAAUCCGAUAACACAUACCGUUUACCUUCCGACUUUUAUGAAUGCAUAAAACAAAUAAUUUUUAUAACAAAUGAA